GCGUUCACAUCUGUACUCACACUUAUACCAACUAUCGCAUCCUAUUGCAGCUGAAUAUUUUAUAUAAUUCAAUUUUUAAAAGAUUUUUCUCAUUACUUUCAUUGGCAUAUGGUUGAAAAAAACACAAAAUAGAUAGGAGAUCGUAUUGUAGCUUUGCCCAAAUUGAUUCUUAGUUUAUUGAUGUAUAGCAUUGUGGGUGGGUGUGGGGUGUGGGUGUGGGUGUGUGGGUGAGUGUGGGUGUGGGUAUGGGUGUGGGUGCGGGUGCGGGUGUGGGUGUGGGUGUGGUUGUGGGGUGUGGGUGUAAGGUGUGGAUAUGAAUGAAGAAAGAACACAUCCACACCCCACACCCACACCCACACCCACAUCCACACCCCACACCCAUACCCACACCCACACAUUUUAUGUCUCUUUACAGUGGGUUUUUUCCAACUUUAAACGUAAGCAAUCAAUGUACACGUGCCCAAUGUGAUUGUGGUUGUGAGUGUAUAGUUUCAGGAGGUGAGUGUGGAUGUGGGUAUGGGUUUAGAUGGACUUAGAUUAACACAAACACCCACAUCCAAAUUCAUAGUGUAUAUAAAAUAUUUUUUUGUUCAUUAUUUAAAAAAAAAGAUUUAUUUUUCAUGAAUAUAGGAUUGUAAUAAUACUAUUAAAAUACUUUAUAUACUCAAUUUAAGUAAAGUACAAGAACGAGAAAUAAUUCAUGUAAGUUUACUUCUUCUAUGAAACCAAGUAGAGUAUGGGUAUGAAUGUAGUAUCAGCAUCUUUUAGAACCAUACUCCAUACCCGAUUUGUAUUAGUUAACACUUAUUUGUUUUCUAUGCAUUUCUUUCUGCCAAGUUCUAACCUUUCUAUGUGUGUGCUGUCCACUCCAUCAUAAACGUCGAAGGACGUAAUAAACAUUAGCUCACUCAAAAACAAAAUGUGCCAACAAUAGAUUAUUUUUUCUUUCUGUUGUGAUUCAUGGAUAACCGACAAUGAUUCAUAGCUUCUAUUGAUGUAAAAGAUACAGUAUCUUUGUUUUAAAAUAUUUGUAUCCAAAUGCAUCCUCUUCAUAUUAUCUUGUCAAAGUAUUCUGUUACACCCAAUAUUUUAUAUCAUUAUGCAAUUUUUGAGCUAAAAAUUCACAGAAGUUAGACUUUUUUUGCUGAACAGAAUAUCAGCGAAUACAUAUAUAAAUUAGAAUAGAUAAAUAUAGUUUUUUAAAUGGUCAAAAGAAAAGUUAAGACUUGAGAAAAAAUUCUAUUUCAAUAUAAUAUAUAAGAUUGUGCUUAAUAUUUAUUUUCUCCCCUAUGUGUCAUCAAUGAACGGUUAGGAAGUGACAUCAUACUCACAAACCAUUGUGCAAUAACAGUAUGUUGAUAUAGAGGAGAGUAAUAGAAAAAUAAAUAUUCUAAAUAAACGAAAAGAAAACAAAACACUCAACUUCACACGCAAAUUCACUCAAGAAAAUAUUUAUGUCGGCAGAAAAGUCACAAAGUAUUAUCGAUUUGAAAAAAAUAUUAAAUUUCGAAGAUCCUACAGAAAUACAACGAUUGAAUAUUGAAUUAGAAACAAAUGGUUGGUCUUUUGUAUUCUUACCAACAGAACUCAUUCCGAAUUCAAAAUUAAUCGAUGAACUAUCAAAUUUUUUUCAAUCCAAUGAUUCAUCGAAACGUUACUAUUCACAAUUCAAAGAAAUAUAUGGGUAUUCAGCAAUACAUCAUAAAGAAGGUAUUAAAUUAUUAACAGGAAGUUACUUCGGUGAAUUUGCAUAUGAAGGAUUAGUACCACGUACACUUAUUAAACCGUUAAACUAUAUUUCCCAAGCAUUCGAUGCUGUAACAAAACGUUUAAUUGAAAUUCUUGUUCGACAUUCUGUUUUUCAACCAAUUUCAUCUUUAUCAUCGCUUACCAAACAUGCUGAUCUUCCUUUAGAUGAAGAACAUUUUGGUAUGCUCGAUAUUGUAUCGUAUUUUAAUAAGAAAAGUGGUUUUCAACCACCUGAAAAUGGAAAAACAACAGACGAAGUUAAUUGUAUUCCACAUUAUGAUCCUGGUUUACUUUCAAUUAGUAUAUUAUCAACACAUGAAGGACUUCAAUUGAAAAAUAUGACAACAAACGAAUGGAUUGAUGGACCAUUACAAUCGGAUAUUGGUGUAAUUUGGUUAGGAGAAGCAGCAUCACGAAUAACGGGAAAUCGCCUGAAACCAGGUAUUCAUCGAGUAAUUUAUCCUCAAAAAUCAAAAACUCGACUUACAAUUUGGUACGAAUUAUGUACAGUUGAACAAUUGAAAAGUGUAAGUGAGGAGAGCAAAGACGACAUAAUUGCCAAUGGAACUUUUACAUUUGAAAAUUUUCCUGGAUCUGAUCCAAUAACCAUCAAACCUGGCGAGAAAAGACUGGAUUUUUUAAGACGAAUUGAAAUGGGGCAAGGAGUAUCAAUGAGUAAAAUUGGUCCACACUAUCAUCAAUUGGAAAAUCAUAAUAUUUCAUACCCAAAAUGUAGUUCAAAUCUGGAAUAA